AAAAAUCUAGAAUUAUUGAACAGAGAAUUAAAACUUAACAAGAUAUCAUUGGGACAUCAAAAGAAUGAAUAUGAAGAAAUAAAAAUAAAAAAUGAAGAGAUAUUAAAUAAGUUUGAAAACCUUAAACAUUCAAAAUAUACAUAUCAAAUAAUGUUACAAAGGAUUAAGAAGGAGAAGAAACUUUUAUACUUUUAUUUAAACUCGUUAGAGCGAACAGUGACAAGCUUGAAAAAUAAUGAAAAACAACUACAUAACAAUAUACAGAAAAUAACAUCAGAUAAUAAAAAUUUAAAAAAAUCCAUUGAAGAAAAAAAAAUGGACAUUAUAAAGGCCAAAAAUAAAAAUGAAGAAAUAUUAAAAUAUAUGAAUGUCAAUAAGGAGCACAGCAACAUACUCAGGAUAAGAAGAGAAAUGAUUAAUGAAUAUAAGACUAACAAAUUAAACGACUCAAAUGUUGCCCUAAUGAUAGAAGAGAAGAAAAAAUAUAAGAAACUUCUUAUAUACUAUCUAUUAUAUAAUAAUUAUCUCAAAUUAAGUGCUUCAAAUAUAUUUGAAAAUGCCAGUAGUAUAUAUGCUACAAUAUCAAAAUUAAGAGAGGCAACAGGUGUAACGGAUAUAUAUGAUAUUAAUCAGAAAUUUAUGGACAUUGAAAAUAAAAAAAAUCUUUUACAAAAGGAAGAGGAAUUAUCUCAAAAAAGACUCGAAGACGCUAUUCAAGAGUAUCAAGCUUUAAAUAACGAAAUUUUAAAUACCUUCUCUGACGAUAAAAAUAUUCUAAAGAAGAAAAUUCAAAAUGAAAAAGAAAAAAUAUCAGACGACAUAUACGAGUCAUAUAAACUUGUUUUUGCCAGUGAAAGAGAAUUAGAAGAUAUAAACAUAAAAUUAGAUAAGAUAAAAAAAUUCUUAGAAAAACAAAAUAGUUAUUUCCAUUCUAUAAAUAUGGAGGAAAAAAUGGAAUUUCAUUCUAAUGAAGAUAUGUUACAAUAUAUAAAAAAUUUAAAGGGAGUCGUUGAAACAUUGAUGAAAAUAACACAGCAAAAUAGGGAAAAUGGAAACAUCAGUAGAUCUUAUAAGUCCUUGGAAUUUCUUGAAAUAAUGAAUUUAUACAGGAACGUCGAUUUUCAUAAAAAUAUGUGCAGAGUUGAUGAUACUCAAGAACUAGAGAAUACCAUAAAAAUGGAAUCAAAAACUCUGAAUAAAGGCAAGUUGCCAUAA